AUGAAUUUACUCAUCAUUGCAUUAGCAAUUCUUUUGAUAUUUAACUCAGAAAUUAAGCAAGGCGCUGACGCUGAUGAGGAAGUACAAGGAACCUGUAACUCUUAUGCGAAAUAUAGGACAUAUGAUGGAUCGUGUAAUAACCUAAUGAACCCCUCAUGGGGUAAAGCCGAAACACCACAAAGACGAUUUGAAUACAAUGGCCAUAAAAUGGUUGAUUACGAUGAUGAUGUUGAUCAUCCAAGAGGUGGACUUCCAAGUAAAUUACCAAGUCCAAGACUUAUCAGUAACAAAUUGAUGGCAGAAGAAUUAGGACCUGCUGACCAAUCGUCUCCGACACUCAUUAACUUAUGUUUCCCAUUUGUUGUACCUGGUGAUGACAAAGAACUUACCCCAGGUUGCAGAGGCUUCCAAAGAGCUGACAAAUCCCCGGAUGUGACAGCUUACAGAGAACAGAUAAACGAUGUCACAUCAUAUAUUGAUUGCAGCCAUGUAUAUGGUAGUUCUGAUGCACAGUUAGCAACCCUUAGAGAUACGACGUAUUCUUUCCUUUUGAAAACUUCCCCUGGAAAUAACUUACCUGAAAGUAAAACUGGGUUUUGUCGCAGGAAACCAGAAUCAACAGAUUUUUGCCAAUUAACAGGAGAUUCAAGGAAUGACCAGGUACCUAGUCUCCAGUUAAAUCAUCUUGUUCUAGUAAGGGAACAUAACAGACUCGCCAAAAUGCUAAAACAAAUCAACCCGUACUGGGACAAUGAUAGAGUCUUCGAGGAAACACGAAGAAUAGUCAUAGCUGAAAUGCAGCACAUUACAUAUAAUGAAUACCUACCAGCCAUUCUUAGUCCAAGAACUAUGAAAAGGUACAACCUAAGACCAAGGAAAUGCGGAUUUGAUGACUGCUAUUCUGUUAAAAUUAAUGCCGCUGUAAGGAACGCUUUUGCAGCAGCAGCAUUUCGAAUGGGACAUUCACAAACAAUGAGGGAACAGUCAUUGCUUGCAGAUGAUUACAAAACCAAAAAUACAGAACUUCUUGUAGACAACUUUUUCAUGCCGCACCUGGUUCAAACAAAUCAAGGCGCCAAUGUUAAGGAUUUCACGCGGUGGUUGACCUUUACACCUGCUAAUAAAAUUGACAGCUAUGGGGUAAAUUCAAUGCGAAACAGGCUGUUUAAUCGUAGUUCAGAUUUAUUUUCCACCAACAUACAAAGGGGGCGUGACCAAGGUGUACCAAGCUACAAUGACUGGAGAGAAUUUUGUGACCUGAAAAGAUUCACGUUCCAAGACUUCCCUAAAAAGUUACAGUAUGUCCUUCAAGACUUAUAUGUAUCCUGUGACGAUAUCGAUCUAUUUGUUGGCGGACUUCUUGAGAAGUCCAAGAACGGGCGUGUUGGAGAAACAUUUGCAUGUUUAAUUGGUAAACAAUUUCAUCUGUCCAAAUAUGGAGAUCGAUACUGGUAUGAAAGGAAAGAAUGUGGUUUUACAGAGGCCCAGCUUAAUGCAAUCAAAGAAAUGACAAUGUCGAAAAUUCUCUGUGAGAACUUUGAGUUGGAUCGUAUUCAAAAGAAAGCCUUCUUACGACCUGAAAACGAAGGAAAACUUCGGUUUUGUGACACUUUGCCCGGUUUGAAUUUGUUCCUCUGGCGAGAAAAAGAAUGGCAACCAUAAUAUUAAUAUGCAGACAUCAUAGAACAUUUGAAAGAGUAUGACACUAGCACUUAUUAUAAUAUAUGAUAUAAUAUACGGUACAAACUCAUAAAAUAACGGGUUAGGGUAAACAAUUAUUAGGUAAUUAAUUAGUGAAUA